AGCUUUAGUUUUAUCUCACACAGUUGCCCAGCUUCGAUGGCUAGAAUACCAUUGUGUGAAUGCCCCUAUCAGCUUCAGUUUAAAAAUGUGUAAAAUGUGUCACGUGGGUGUCAGGCAUCUCAUACUUUGCUUCUAAACAAACUAAGAAGGCAUGGCCAACAUUAAUUGAAGGUUUCAGUUUGCGACAAUGAAGUCUCUCUCUUAAAAAACUGAGGAGAUGCUAGAUGUCUGACACUGAGGGAGGGAAUGCAAAAACAUGAGUGACCUGAAAAGAUGUUGUCUUGGAACUUCUUUUAUUCCCCAGCUUUGGAUACGCUGCAUUGCAAAUGAAUAAUAUCUGGCUGGGGACAUCUGUGAGAAGGAUUAUGCCCCUUUUACUUACCGCACUUUUCUUGUUGGUGAGCUGCAGGAAUGAUUUGCCAAGUUCUGCUUCAUUACAGGAAUGGAGUUGUUUAGAAGGCUAUCGGGUGGCAAGUGAUAACACUUCCUGCAUUGAUAUUGAUGAAUGUGCUGAAGGUAGGCUUGGUGUUUGUGGACAAAUCUGCACUAAUGUACCAGGCUCUUAUAUCUGCUCCUGCCAUCCUGGAUACACAUUGGACAGCAAUAAAUGGUCUUGUUAUGCUGAUGAUCCAUCACCCUACAUAAUUUUCUCUCAAGGAAAAGCUAUAUAUAGAAUUGACACUGAAGGCACCAAUUAUAAACAACUAGUGGCUGAUGUGGGAAUGUCAUUGCUCCUGGACUUUCACUACAAACAAGACAAAUUAUAUUGGGUUGAUACUGAAAAAGGAUAUAUACAGACAAUGCACACAAUUGGAACAGAAAUAGAGAUAAUCCAUAAUGUAGGACAAGGUGUUUCAGGGUUUGCUGUGAACUGGGUGCAUAGUACCAUCAUAUGGACUAAAACACAGAGAGGAACCAUUGAGACAGCUGACCUUGAUGGACGGAACAAGGAAGUCCUCAUGCAAAAUUUGAUUUACCCCACAGUCAUCACCAUUGAUCCUACUGAAAGGUUCAUAUUUUGGGCAUCUAAUGGCAGCAUCUCAAGAAUUUUUCGGGCAUCCCUUCAAGGAGCCAAUCUGACGACCAUUUUAAGAUCCUCUCAGAAAGUGAAAUCAUUAUCAUUGGAUUUGAUUGAUAAAAGAAUAUUCUGGAUUCAACACAACAUUGAAGAUAUUUCUAGCAUUGGAUCAUGUGACUACAGUGGUGGCUUUUUUCAACUCAUGAAACAGUCGACACAGCAUCAGUCACUUGGAAUGUCUCUGUUUGCUGAACAUAUUUAUUAUACAGACCAGAAGAUGUGUGCAAUUAAGAGAGCCAAUAAGUACACUGGGAAAGAUUUGGUAACUAUCAGCCCACAAAUUUGUCUUCUGCCACCCAUUGAGAUCAAAGUAGUGCAUCCAUUUAUGCAGCCCAAUGUGGAAACAGUAUUUGAGAACACUGAGCAGAAGAUGUGUCUAUCUCUUAGAGAAAAAUGUGCCAGAGAUUGCAGCACACUAGUAAAAGUUGACGGCUGCGACUGUGAAGAUGGCUUUGUUCUUAGCAAAGACAGCAGGUACUGUGAAGAUAUAAAUGAAUGUGCUUUUUGGAAUCAUGGCUGCACACUUGGCUGUGUAAACAUUCCAGGGUCUUAUUUUUGCUACUGUCCUAAAGGCUUUGUUUUGCUUCCCGAUAUGAAGACCUGUCAUGAAUUAGUUCCAUGUCUGGAAAAUGGCACCGACUGUAGUUAUGGCUGCACUGAAACAGCCAAGGGACCUAAGUGCUUUUGUCCAGAUGGAUCAGUUCUACACAGUGAAGGCAAAACCUGUACAGGAUGCACAUCAGCAGACAAUGGUGGAUGCAGUCAGGUGUGUGAACCAUUAACUCCACAGUCCUGGAAGUGUGACUGCCUCCCUGGGUACAGACUUCAGCCUGAUGGGAAGCACUGCAGUGCCUCAGGACCACGACCUUUCCUCUUGUUUGCAAACAUUCAGGACAUCCGACGCAUCAAUUUUGAUGGAACAGAUUAUCAGAGUAUCCUUGAUAAACAGAUGGGAAGAGUGUUAGCACUCGACUAUGACCCUGUUGAGAAUAAGGUGUACUUUGCACACACGGGUCUGAAGUGGAUAGAAAGGGCAAACCUAGAUGGCUCAGAGCGUGAGAGAAUAAUUGAAGAAGAUAUAGACCUAUCUGAAGGAUUGGCUAUGGACUGGAUCAGUCGUAAACUGUACUGGACAGAUACAGGGCAGUCACGCAUUGAGAGAAGUGACCUUAGUGGUGGAAACAGAGAAGUAAUCAUAAAGGACAGCAUCAGUAAGCCAAGAGGAAUUGCAGUCCAUCCAGUGGCAAGGAGAUUAUUUUGGACUGACUGUGGUGAAAAGCCAAAUAUUGGGAGUUCAUCACUGGAAGGCCUUGAAAAAGUGGUAAUUGUUAGUACUAACCUACAGUGGCCCAGUGGGAUAACGAUUGAUUACUUGGCAGACAGACUGUAUUGGUGUGACACCCUACUGUCAGUCAUUGAAACUUCAGCGCUGGAUGGUACCAGCCGAAGAGUGCUUACACAGAAUGAAGUAGGUCGUCCCUUUGAUGUAGCAGUGUUUGAAGAUCAUGUUUGGUUCACUGACUGGAGCAAACCGUCACUCAUGAGGAUUGAUAAAUGGAAUGGACAGAACAGAGUGCGCCUCAGAGGCAAUAUGACAAGGCCAGCUUCUGUUGCCAUCGUUCAUCCAUUAGCCAAGCCAGGUGCUGAUCCCUGUAUUUAUCAAAAUGGUGGUUGUGGUCAGAUCUGUGAAAACAGAAUUGGAAUUUCCCACUGCUUAUGUCAUGAUGGCUUUGUAAUGGACAGUGAUAGUAAAACAUGCCAUGCGUUGGAAAGGCCAGAAACAACAACAGUACUUGCUACAAGCAAUGCAGGCCCAUAUGUGAAUGAAGAAAUGUUCCAGAACAUUCUGACAACUUCUCCAAGUACAGGCAGCAGCACUACAAAUGCAGAGCAGCAGCAGCAGCAGCCUAUCAGGAGCACACUUAUUGCAGAAAUCAUGGUAUCAGACCAGGAUAACUGCACAGCUCUUCAGUGUGAUAUCAAUGCACAAUGUGUUCCAAAAGCAGAUGGUGCUGCAUGCCAGUGUUUGGAAGGUUUCAUGGAGGAUGACAAGUCAUGCUCGGAUAUCGAUGAAUGCACCACUCAUGUUGACCUUUGUGACAGAAAAAUGGCUGACUGUAUCAACACAGAAGGCAGUUAUGUCUGCAAGUGCUUGAAGGGAUACACUGGUGAUGGGCUUCAUUGUUACGAGUCCCCUGUACCAACCAACAGCACUAACAGAAGUACAAGCUACCCUACACGUCACACUUAUAUUGGAAGCUGUCCACCAUCUCAUGAAUCGUUUUGUCUCCAUGAAGGAGUCUGUUUUCAGAUAGCAGAGCUAGAGACCUAUGCAUGCAGGUGUGUUAAUGGCUACAUGGGUGAUAGGUGUCAGUAUCAUGACCUGAAGUGGUGGGAACUACAACGUAUCGAGGAGGUGAAGAGACGUAACAUCAUAAUUGCAGUAAGCAUAACUGCUGUGAUGUUCCUGCUGACUCUGGGAGCAUGUGUAACUUAUUGCUACAGAAAUGGGAGUUCUUCUAAGCUAAAAACACAUAAAGAAGAUAAAAGAGACAGAAGAAGCUCUUGUGACAACCAUGAAAAAGCGAAGUCCACUACGGAACAUAUUCAGAAACUACAGCAACAAUAACACAUAGAAGGAGAUAUGCUUUAUGAAUGCAUCUAAUGAAGACUUGCAGUGGUUGCCAUAGCUUGUAUAUAUUAGUCUGUCUUUCUGCCUAGUGAUUAUCUACACCUGGCAACAAGGCAACUACAUCAGAUUAACAGCCUUGAAGACAACUGUGGUACACUACAGGAAAGGACACAUUAGUGUGGUUUAUUAAACUGUACAGAACAUAAGCUACUGUGAAUGGUUACUGCUGAGUAGAAAGGCAUUAAAAGAACAGGUUAAAAUCAAAAACAUACAAGAAACGUUUACUGAAAGCUUGUUUCUCAAAAGGCAAGAAAAAAACUGUUUUCCUUCUCCCCAUUUUAUAUACUAUACGUCUUACUGCACUAAUUCUGAAGACAGACUAAUAUAAAUACAGUUCAUCUGCUUUUUAAAAUGUGAUUAUAAAAUGUUCAGUUGUGGUGCAGCUCUUUUAUAGUAUAUAGUGUUAGGAGGAAUUUAGUUCUGAUGCAGAACUUUUACAUAUACUGUUAAAAGGAGGGAUUAUGCUUGAAGCACAAGGCUAACUUAAAAAUGUUAGCAUCAACCUUAAACAGAAUACAACAGUACAUCAUUAAAAUACAGUGGUGGUAAUGCAUUGUUGAAUGUGCUCAGCCCAGAAUAUUUGUGUGUGUGUGUGUGUGUGUGUGUGUGUGUGUGUGUGUGUGUGUGUGUGUGUGUGUGUGUCCAUGUAAAAGAUUAAAUACUGUCUCAAGAUUUGUCACAGACUUUAUUCAUGCCACACUGCAUUCUUUAUUAAUAUUAUUAAACUGUUCAGACACUGCUGUA